UGUCUUUCGAAAAAAUUAGCUCUGUGUGUAACGUUGGCCGUGCAGAAAAAGUAUAUCUAAAAAAAAAAAGGAGGGGAAAGAAUACUUAAGUGCUGCAAUGAAGUGAUUGCUUUUUUCUGUAAUAAAAUGAAGACAAAUAUUUUAUUUGCUCAAAAGUUAUUAAUAUGGAACGCUUGUCGAAACUUGUUUGUUAGAACCAUGUGUUCUGCUGAAAGCGAAGUUUCAAAAGCUGUAAAAGCUUCAAAAACAUCUUUUAAGCCCACAAUUUUUUCCAAAAUUUUAGAUAAAAGUAUACCUGCUGAUAUCUUAUAUGAAGAUGACAAGUGCAUGGCUUUUCGAGAUAUUACACCACAGGCUCCAAAGCACUUUCUGGUUAUUCCCCGAAAACUGAUUCCAUCUUUGAGUGAUGCUUCUCCGGGAGAUACAGAGCUGUUAGGCCAUCUUCUUCAAGUUGCAAAACAGGUAGCAGUUCAAGAAAAACUUGAAAAUGGUUACAGAUUAGUCAUUAACAAUGGUCCUGAUGGAGCUCAGUCAGUUUAUCAUUUACACGUCCAUGUUUUGGGAGGAAGACAGAUGUUAUGGCCUCCUGGAUAGAAGAUGCAUUUUCAAUCAAAAAUAUUGAAUUUCAAAAAUGAUUCAUUAAUUGCAAUUUUUUGAUAAGUGUGCAAUAAUUUGUUUAUUAUAUGUAAUUAGUUACAUUUAUAAGAUUUUGAAUAAACUGUUAACUUCUAAA